CCUCACCUCAGAAGAACAUCUACUCUUCUAUCACACACCACAAACAUCAAGGCAUCUUGUGUACAUCAUGUUACUACAACCCAACCCCAACUCAGCAAGCGGCCGUAUUCCCUUGGCCAAAUCAAAUUUAGAUGAGUAUAAUCCACCUGAGUUUGUGGCAUUUGAUGUUUUGAAGCCAAGGGGACCUCCGGAUGAAGAAACACAAGCCACAAGUCUCUCAGUAUUGAGUGUUGACAUGCGUGUGACGGAGAACAAAAAAGACCACAACACUGACAAGUAUGUGAGCUCCAACCUCAUCGUGCGCAGGAAUAAAGAGUUCACCAUCAUCAUCCAUUUUAACCGGGACUACAAUGAACAGGACAAUGUGGAGUUGGAGUUCCUGAUUGGCAGUUCACCUAAUGAAAACAGGGGCACCUACAUUAUUUUGCCUAUUGGUAAAGAGAAACCUGAAGUGCUCUGGAAGAGUCGUGUGGUGGAAACACAAGGCAGUUAUGUGACCGUUGGCGUAACACCAGACGCCAGCUGCAUCAUUGGCCGGUUUCGACACUUUGUUGUAGUUGUGAGUGAUUUGGGAAAACAGCGCACUGAGAGGAACACUGACACUGAUUUCUAUGUGCUGUUCAAUCCUUGGGACCCUGCGGAUCACGUGUACAUGGAAAAAGAUGAAGACAGACAGGAGUAUGUGAUGAAUGAUGUGGGGAUCAUCUACAAUGGAGAAUACCACGACAUUACCACCCGUUCAUGGAACUUUGGACAGUUUGAACAGGGGGUUCUGGAUGCCUGUCUUUUGGUUCUGGAUGCCGGGAAGGUACCACUAGUUUUCCGUAAAAGUGCCGUUGAAAUUGUUCGACAAGCAUCAGCUCUGAUGAACUCCCAGGAUGAUGAUGGUGUCCUGGUUGGCAACUGGAGUGGCGAUUACUCAGAAGGCACAGCACCCACUGCCUGGACCGGAAGUCCUGAAAUUUUGCUCAAAUAUGCCAAAGAGGGUGGUGAGCCGGUGCUCUUUGCUCAGUGUUGGGUGUUUGCCGGCGUGCUGAACACUCUUGUGCGCUGUCUCGGGAUCCCUGCACGGGUCGUCACCAAUUUCUGCUCUGCUCACGACAACAUGGGAAACCUGAGGACAGAUAUUAUGCUGGGCGAAGACGGGAAAGUGGACAAAAGCCGAACAAAAGAUUCAGUCUGGAACUACCACUGCUGGAAUGAGGUGUACAUGAAGAGACCUGAUCUCCCAGAAAAAUUCUCUGGCUGGCAGGUGAUCGACGCCACCCCUCAGGAGACCAGUGAUGGCCUUUAUCGAUGUGGCCCAACGUCUGUCAAUGCCGUCAAAGAGGGAGAGCUCAGCUACCCGUUCGAUGCAAGGUUUGUCUUUGCCGAGCUAAACAGUGAUGUGGUAUACCAUCAGUGGACUAAGGAGGGAGAAAUGAAGAUUCUUAAUGUGGACACCUCUUAUGUUGGAAAGCUUGUUGUGACAAAAAAGACAAACAGUAGCGACUAUGAGGACAUCACUUCUACCUAUAAAUAUCCAGAAAAAACGGUCAAGGAGAGAGAGGUCUGGCAGAAUGCAGAGCGUUCCGGCAUUCUUCCCAGGGAUUAUUUACCACUCACUGAAGCAGGAGUGACCUUCGAGAUCCAGACCGACACCGUCAAUAUGGGCGAUGACUUCAAGCUAACGCUGAACAUUAACAACCAGACCAGCCAGACCUGCACCAUCAAUGCUACCAUCACUGGCUGUGUGGCGUUUUACACGGGCGUCGUCAGCAAGACCUUUAUGCUGGAAAACAAAGCUGCAACUGUGGAAGCCUCGAAGACUGAGUCCAUGACGGUAGAUGUCAAUGCUUCGGACUAUACACCACACCUGGUGGAACAGGGAAAACUGCUCUUUGUGGUGUACGGGAUCAUUGAGGAAACAGACACGUCCCUCUGCACAAUGAAAGAAAUCACUCUACAGCCUCCUAAACUCAAAAUAACGAUGUCGGGAACCCCCGAAGUUGGCAAAGAUCUCUCGAUCAUUGUGAAUUUCCAGAAUCCCUAUAAUUUCAUCCUGAAUAAUGUUCAGAUCCGCCUUGAUGGACCUGGUCUGAUACCAAUCAAAAUAAAAAAUUACAGCCAGAUAUUACCUGGUGGCUCAGUGAGAUAUAAAGUGUCGAUGGUCCCUCGAACUCCUGGAAAGAAGGUGGUGAUGACGGUUCUAGACUGCCCUUUACUGAGACAGGUCACCAAUCAGCUCGAAAUCGAAAUAUUGCAAACUGAAUGACCGCCAAGGCUGAACAAGAGAUGGGAGAAGACAGGAAGAGAAAACACAAUUGCAGAGUUUCUAGUUGCUUUACUUUGCUUCACCAAUUUUGUUUUGAAAGAUAAUCAAACGAUCAAAUAUUACAUUUCCUUUAGAGCAAAUUCCUCCUAUUUACCAUAAAGACGUUAAAGGGAUAGUUCAAUCAAAAAUGAUUUCAACUCAUGUCGUUUCAAUCCCAUGUGACUUUCUUCUGCAACACUUGAUUUUUUGUUGGGGUUUUUGGUCCAUACAAUUAGUCCAAGAGGUUUUUGGUGAACUGAACUUGAACAAAGUGUGUGAACUGUAAUACUAGUGAUAUCCAUUGAAAUCUGUAGCAAUCUUCUGGUUUUGUUUGGGUUAGGUAAUACUAACAGCAUUAAUUACUAUAUUUUGUUAAUUUUCUCUGCUAUACUGCCAUGGACUAUAAGCUGUAAUAUAGCAAAAUAACAAUAAACAUUUAGCAUUGAAGCUA